GCAGAAAGGCAGGCAAAGAGCAGAAGCAGAAGCAAUGAACCCACCUCGGCCCAGACUGUUGAACCUGCGCCAGCGGCGACUCCAGCCGGCGCUGCAUUGGGGCCCCAACGAGGAGCAGCAGCACGAGUACGAUCGCUUCAUACCGCCGUUGGUGGCGGCGCGUCUGCAGCACGAGAAUCCCAUGGAUGUGGCACGGUUUGUGCAGAACCUGCGGAUCAUAUUGCAGCGCCAGCGCAUCCACUUCGACAUGGGCGAGGGCGACGGGGCCCACGUGUGGAGCUGGCGCCUGCCGCCCCGGGCGCUUGAUCAGGAUGGCGGCGGCGAUGAUAUACGUCUGCGUCAACGCUUGCAAACGCAAAUGCUGCCGGCCGUCCACAGGUUGCACGAGACGGACUGAUGCUCGACAGGCACGAA